UGCCCCGAUAUAAACCGCCAAAUAGACCUUCUUCAACUCCUCCAAUUCACUUUUUCAUCGCCACUGCCCAUUUGUGUAUAACAGACCCAAUUGUAAUACAUAAAUUCAUACGUAUAUCUUCAAUUCGACACACCACAAGAUGGAGGAGGACUCGCAGCCCUAUUCCAAUUCCAACAUUUUCAGCGUUCGAAUCGUCUCCAUCGAUUACUACAUGGCCCCUCCAAUACCAGACCUCGACAUCUCUUACAGCAGCUUCCAAGGAGGGAAGGUGAAUGAAGUUCCUGUGAUAAGGAUUUAUGGGUCGACUCCGGCUGGGCAGAAGACUUGCUUGCAUGUUCAUCGAGCUUUACCUUACUUAUACAUUCCAUAUGCAGAUUUAAUGCUUCAGCCUAACCAAGAAGGUGCUGACCCACAUAUUUUCUUAGGACUGCUUUGCAUUUUAUUUGAGCUUUGAAUUCUGAACCUUUAGUGUAUUGCUCUGUUAGUGUCUUGCAGUAAGAAGUAUUUAAGGUAAUUAUUUAU